AAUCCAAUGGAGGCCAUACAUAACGAAAGAUUUCCAACAUUAUUCAUCAAUCAUGGUGCACCCAAUAUGAUCCUGGACAAGACGGACAAGACCACAAUCUUCCUGACAAACUACCAAGCCAACGCCGCUCAUUCCAAGCCACGUGCAAUCCUCAUCGUCUCUGCUCAUUGGGAGGCCAAAGAGUUCACAAUCACAACAGGCAAACAUGUUAAGCCUAUUCACGACUUUUAUGGGUUUGAGGAGUUGAUGUAUCAGAUGGAGUACACUGCCAAUACUUCACCGGAGCUCAUAACAAGAUUGGAUGGAUUGUUCAAACAUGGUAAUAUCACUUUGAAGCAUGAUGAUAAGCAGGGAUUGGAUCAUGGCGCAUGGACCAUUCUAAAGAUGAUGUAUCCCAAUGCUGAUGUACCAAUUGUUCAACUAUCACUGCAACACAAUCUGGAUGGUGAUCUACACUAUCGUGUCGGUCAAUUGUUACAACCCUUGAGAGAUGAGGGAGUGUUGAUCAUUGGCAGUGGCAGUACAUUACACAAUCUACGUCUGUUGUUCAGUGGUGCUGCGACUCAGCAUGAGCACCCUAUCAAACAGUUUGAGACAUGGAUACAAGCCACAUUGACUGCUCCUCUACCCGAUGGAAAUGGGGAGGAUCGACAACAACGUCUUCUCAAGUUCCGUUCAGCACCAUCAUUCCAACUUGCACAUCCUCGUGAGGAGCACUUCAUCCCACUCAUGGUACCUGCUGGCGCUGGCAAUGCUGUCACAGCACAACUCAUUCAUUGCGAUUGGAGGGCACCAUCCUUCUGUCUAUCAUGUUUCCAAUGG